UUUUUUGUUCCUGAACUAAGCAUUCAAUACCAAUUUGUUUAUUUAUUUGAAAAUGGUGCGCAAUCAACGGAACAGCCCUCGCAAAGUGAUUGCUGUUGACUUGGAUGAGGUCCUUGCGAGGACAUCGCUAGCGGUUGCAGAGUUCCACAACGAUACAUAUGGAACAAAGCUUACGAUGGACGAUUUUAUUUCGUAUGACUAUACCAAGAUCUGGGGCGGUACUCGUGAGGAAUCGAUUGCCAAGUGGAGGCUCUUUUUCGAUUCACCUUACUUUCUAAAAGUUGAACCCGUAGAAGGAAGCUUGGAGACAUUGAAGCUCCUCAAAUCUCGGCGUUUUAGUUUAGUGAUUAUCACAGCACGGCAACAGUUUGUGGCGGAUUUAACAAAAAAGUUUGUCGAUCGUCAUUUCCCUGGCAUUUUUGAAUCCAUUUACUUUGCAAACCAUUUCUUGACCGAGCAAGAGAAACUGACCUUCAUCUCCAAGCCAAAAUCUGUCAUCUGUCGAGAUGUUCACGCUCAACUCUUGAUUGACGAUUCAUUAGAGAAUGCAAUCGAGGUGGCCAAGGCCGGUGUUCCGGUCCUUUUGUUUGAUUUAAAUGGAAAAUACAAAUGGAACAAGUUACCAGAGGGGCAGGACAUGUUGCCGGAAAAGAUAACUAGAGUUCAUAGUUGGAAAGAUAUCCAGGCAUGGUUCCCUCGGCCCAGAUCUCCUCUAUCAACCUUGUGUUUGAGUAGAGAUGAUCAGGUUUCAGAGGAAGAAGAGGAAGGAGAAGGAGAAGAUGACGGGAAGAUUUCGGAUUCUGAGGAUGAAGAAAUGGAUGAAGAUGAAAUUCUGCAGCAGCAACAACAACAUCUAUAUUAUGGCCAUCAGCAUCAUCGAAAUAUUGACUCGGAUUCGGAUUCGGAUGAGGACGACAUGAUAGUUAAGCGAGAACAAGAAGAUAUAGAGGAGGAAGAGGAGGAUCAGCAUAGCGGUCGAACUUUGAGAAGGCGUAAACUCACGGCUGUGGACUUCAGUAGCUCCGAAGAGGAUGAGGAUAUAGAUCUCAAAAAUGGACGUGCUAUUAAAGGAGAUAGCAUGGAUAGUGACUUUGAUCUUGAAAGCGGACAUGGAGUCCGUCACAUUUCUCAUGAGGAGCUGGAGCGAUAUCGUCAUCAGCAUGAGAUCAUGAAUGUGAAUGAAUCAACUGGUAUGGAGGUGGAGAUGGAGACGACUAUAAAUACUACAGCAUCAUUCGCACAGAUCACUAGUCCUACAAUGUCGACUACUACAACAACAAUGUCUGGUCAGGUAUCAAUAGCAGCUGCAACUGCGCUCGAAGUUAAUUGCCAGUCCUUCUCUGAAGCCUCAGCAACAGUAACAAUAGCAUCGACAUCUCUAGAUGCCAUGGCAGUUGAAGGGUUGUCGAUCAAGAGCCCUCCGCACCAGGUGGACAGUGCAAUUAACAUGGAGAUGGAGGAUGUUCCUCUUUCGUAACGAAAUUGCAUUUGCUUAUGUCUUUAACUCCAAUCUUUUUCUUUCUUUCUCUCAAAACAUAAUCUUUUGUUCUGUUGUUCCAUUGUUCCUAAACUAUAGAUACCUGGCAUUUUUCAAUUAAAGUACACAUAAACAUUCCAG